AUGGCCGCUGUCUCAGGCCCCCCCGUCGCUCGCCAUCCGUCGCCCUUCCGCAGGGCAAGUAAGGUCGCGAGUUCGUCGAGAGCAGCGGCGCCCACGGCACAUGCGAUUGUGAGUCGCCCUCCCGACCCUUACUACGGGCACGAGGAGACCGCCAAGCUGUGCGGGCGAUUCGUCACCCACCUGUUCGCAUGUCCGGACCUGCCCCCCCUCUCGACGGCGCAGCCGCCUGCGCCGUCGCCGCCCCUCGCCUUGUUCAUCGCCUACGCCCUGCAUCGCACAAGGCUGCACGCCUCGGUGACGUUUGCCGCCCUGUACCUGCUCCAGCGGCUAAAAGCCCGGUUCCCCGCGGCGCGCGGGUCCUCGGGGCACCGACUCUUCAUCUCGGCCUUCAUGAUCGCCUCCAAGGUCAUCUGCGACGACACGUACUCGAACAAGAGCUGGUCCAUCGUCGGGCAGGGCAUGUUCGCGCUGCGCGAGAUCAACCAGAUGGAGCGCGAGAUGUGCAGCUACCUCGAGUGGCAGCUCAACAUCGACCCGAACGCGCUCAAGGAGUUCGAGCAGAAGGUGCGCCGCGACUUCAAGGGCCAGGGCCCGUACCCCACCUACGUCCUCCCCUCGCCCGCGCCCACGCCCGUCCCCGGCACGACGCCCUACUCGUCCUCGGGCGCGGUCUCGAUGCCGCCCACCUUCGCGCGCACCGGCGCCGCCGCCGCCGUGCCGUCCACGUCGCCGCCGAAGCCGAUCCCGCCGCCGAUGGCCGCGCCCACGGCGUACCCGUCCCCGCCGACGUCGCCCGACACGCCCGACACCCCGGAGGCGUCGUACUCGACGUCGACGUCGCCCGCGAGCACCGCGCCGCCGUCGACGCCGCCCGGGUACGUGGACGACACUGUGCGGAUCGUGUCGACGAGCACGAUGGGCGCGCCCGCGGCGAUCGCGCAUCGCAUACACAAGCCGGCGCCGGCGCCGUCGCUGUCGUCGGCGGCGUAUCCGCGCGUAGAGGCGCGCGAGGUGGAGUCCGCGUCCGCGCUGAAGAAGUCCGGCAAGUGCUCGAGCGAUCUGUUCGCGCGGGCGACGCCCUGCAUCUGGUAG